CAGAGUCAAAUUUCAUAGUGGUCGUUGCCUUUCUUGUGCUUUUGCAGUGACAUGUAAAACAAGAAUUCCUUCCUACAGGGUCACAUGCUAAGUAGAGCUGCGAUGCUAAACAAGCCUGAACAUUGAAUGUUUACACCGCAGCUACUGCAGUGCUUCCUUAGCGUUUCAGGGAGGGCUGCCGAGCGGGCAACACGCGGCAACCCUCCCUGACCGGCUGCUUUCUGUAGCUGGCAGCAGGCGGUGACACAUGUUCAUGGUUGCGCCGUCGCGGCAGCAGCUCGCAUCCCCAUAAGCGAACGGAAUUUUGCACAUUUUAAAACCAGUCAAUUAACUGUGGUAAGUGUUACACUGAACGACGUGGACUCAAAAUGCGAUCCUUCUGCAAAAUUUCAGCAAGAAAAUGCAGCGGUGCGCGCUGCUUUAGAACACGCUAAGCGAAAUAUGCAGCAUGUCUAAGCGAUGGACGCAUUUAAGAGCAUCUCAAAGGCCCCGAGCAACUUUUUUUUCUUUUCUAAAGUACUAUCCAACGUAGAGCAAUCGAAGGCAGGGAAGCAAUGUCACGUGAUCCAACUUUCCUUUCCAUGCAAGAACGAGCACCGGCGCGUCGGCGGAGAGCAGUCAGCCGAGCCAGCUGCAGUCAGUGCAAGUGGUCAGUGUGCCUUCGCGCGAUUUUUUAAAAAGUCUGAGCUCUGAGCAGUCAAGCGGCAAUGUGUGGGAGGACAGCGUGUGCACUAUCGAAGCAGUGCUUGAGUUUUGCUUGCCAGUACAAGGAUCGGACUGGCGCUUACAAGUGUCCUGAGUGGCGAGAUCUCAACCAGGGAGGCACUUAUGAGCCAUCCUACAACGUGCCACCUAAAAGCUACUGUCCUGUGUUGGUUGAUAACCACCAGCUGAGGGCAGACAUGCCCUCGGAGCGUGUCCUGACAGCCAUGCGGUGGGGCCUGAUCCCAACUUGGUACCCAGGUGAUCCACAGGACUUCAGCGUUAGCACGAUUAACUGCCGCAUCGAAAGUGCUACAAGCCGAAAUAGCUAUAAACCAGCAAUAGCAGCAGGGCGUCGUUGCAUCGUCAUUGCUGAAGGGUAUUUUGAAUGGAUGAAGCCUGCAAAGUCUGCUCCCAAGCAGGCUUACUUUGUGUACUACCAGCAGACAUUGGAUAGCUCCAUGUCAACACGGCAGUGGGACUGCGAGGGAAUGGAGCAGCUUCUCUUCAGCGAGGGCCGUUGGCUAGGUCCUAAGCUGUUGACAAUGGCAGCCAUCUUUGAUGUUAAUAAGGGCCUGCACUCGUUCAGCAUCCUUACCAUGGAAGCACCCUCGUACAUGCGUUGGCUGCACUCCAGAGUGCCUGUGAUCCUUGAUGGCGAAGACGCUGUUUCAUCCUGGUUGGACCCGGCCUAUAACUUCAAUGAGCUCAUUGGCUCGAUCCAGUUUCCAAAUACACUCGAGUGGCACCGGGUACCAGACCUGGUUGGCAACCCGAAUAAUAAGGGCAGGCAGUGUGUCCUGCCCUUCGACAAGCCAGAUGUCACUCCACGACAAACCAUGAUGGAUUCAUGGCUGAAUCGUUCGAGUACAUCAGGAGAUGCGGGGCCCAGUUCUAGCCGCAGGUCACGAAGCCGAUCACCUAUCAAGGCUGAAGAACCAGGGAAAGAGUCAGUGGAGUUCAGUGGAGAGUCUUCAGCUUAAAAGCAGGCUCUGCCAUCAUGUGCCUUAGGGCUGGUAAAGCCAGUCCCUAAACAGUCUCCAUCAUUUUUUUAUUUCUUCUCUUUUCUUUAGAAAGUUUGACAAGGUGUUUUUGCCAGCUGGGGCAUUAGCACUACUUCUUAAUUUCUGUUAACAUUAACUUGGCAAGUACACCCCCCUCCCCCUUCAUUUUUGCGCAUGUUUUAACAUGGAGGGCAGGGAAGGGAAGGACUCUUUCCUGCUCUCUUUUUUUUCUUCGUUUCCUUUGUUUUCUCUUUUUUUUAAGAGAAAGUUUGACAAGAUGUUCUUGCCAGCUGUGGCAUUAUCACUACCUCAUUUCGGUUCAUGUUAGCCCCUUUUUUUUUGUGUGUUUUAACACGGAGGGCAGGGAAGGGGAAGACUCUCUCCUGCCUUUUUUUUUAAUAGAUGCAUCUAAAAUGAUGCAUGAUGAAGUACAAAAGCAUCUGUGUGCUGCAGUAAUGUUACAUAUUCUUAAGUAUUUUAAUAUUUAAUGCAUGUAUCCUGCUAUAACCUCACUGUGAUAUUUUUAAACUAUAAGCCAGAGUUUUUAUUUGUAUAUCUAACACAAUAUUUUGUGUAAUUGACAACGAGUUGUGCUGUUGUCUUGCUGCAAUAAAUUCUUCAUUUGUUAAAAAUA